AUGGCCGACUCGACAAGUGGCGACGCUGGCAAGCGGCUCGCUCUCUCAGCCACGUACCAGUCGCCCACGAACGCGAACUUCUCCUUCUCCGAGUCCCUUCCUGCGCCUCCCUCCGAGAGCGUCGAGAGCCGGACCGAGUAUCUGAAGGACCUGCGCAAGGCCGUAGGGCAGAUGCAAGAUAAGGUGAACCAAGAUCUGACGGCUCGGAUGGAGGAAGACAAGGCUCGGGACGCCGGCGCGGCGAAGGGACAGGCAGGCGCAGCCGGCGUGGACGAGGCCAAGGAGGAAGAGAAUUACGGCGAAGAGGUCCCGGAGGAGGAGGACGACUAG